CCUGCUUCUCUCUCUGAGUCACUAUUCCAAUGGCAGUGUCCUGUCAGCCACCCUCCCUAUGGGACAGGAUGUACGCUCGUCUGGCCCGUGACUGCAGCCUGCGCCCUGCAGCUCCCCCAACUCCUGCCAUGCCCAACCGCCCCCCAAAGUGCCCACCACCUCUCUCUCCAAACGUCACCUGCCUCUGAGCUCAGGGCCCGACCCCCAAGCCUGACGCGAUCAUUCCCCUAGGAGGGCUGCAGGCCCUGACCACUAACCUGUCCCCCUCCGCCUUCCUCCCCAGCUUGUGCCAGCGGCCCCAGAAGCUCAGUGUGGAGAGAUGGCCGCGGGCGUAAUCCGGCCUCUCUGUGACUUCCGGCUGCCUCUGCCGUCCCACGGCUUCCUGCCCUCAGACCUGGAGGCCCCAGAAACUUCUGAGGAGGAGGAGGAGGAAGGGGAAGAAGAGGAGGAGGAUGGGGAGGAGGAGCUGGAGGUCGAGGAGCCAGAGGGCCACAGCCCAGCCCCCCGGAACUCAGGUUGGGCUCAAGAAGUGGCCCCCCUGGACCCCAGCAUCCCAGGGACACCGCUGCAGCUGCUGCGGUUCUCUGAGCUCAUCAGCGGCGACAUCCAGCGGUACUUUGGCCGCAAGGACCGGAGGCAGGACCCUGACAUCUACGCUGACGGCCACCUGGCCAGCAGCUCUGCCAAGGAGCUCUCCUGCGCCGAUCUGGUGUGCCUGGUCCAGAGUGCCCCCCCAGAAGACAACGAGGCCACUGAGCCCAGGGUCUGCUCUCCUGGGGGCCCUGAGGGGCAGGCGUGUGGUCCAGGCCUUGGUGGGGACGGGCCGCAGCCAUUGGGGCCCCUGGCUGAGCUCUUUGACUACGGGCUGCGGCAGUACUCAGGGCCCAGGGUAGCAGCCAGCCGCCAACUCAGGCUGGAGCAGAAGUACGGCCACAUCACCCCCAUGACCCAGAGGAAGCUCCCCCCCUCCUUCUGGAAGGAGCCGGCACCCAGCCCCUUGGGCCUGCUGCACCCCGGUACGCCUGACUUCAGCGACCUGCUGGCCAGCUGGUCGGCAGAGGCCGGCCCCGAGCUGCUGAGCGGGGGGGCCCAGGCCCUGGAGGGGGUGCAGCUGGCCGAGGCCUAGUCAUCGCGCAAGGGUCAGUGGGGCGAGCUGAGGGCAACAGAGGUCUGGGCUCUCCUUACUGCCAUCCUGAAAGGAGCCCUCGGGGACCUCCAACCAGGGCAGCCACCAGGGGACAAACCAGCUCAGGUGGGGACUUCCCAGGCCAGGGCAGGGAAUGGGCAGGGGCCACCCAGGAGCUCUGCCCACAGGAGGGAAGACGGAGCUGCGGCCCCUCAGAGGCGGUGGGCUCAGGAGGUCUACACGCCAGGUCUCCCUCUGGGUGAGCCCCAUUCCCCCCCAGACCAGCCCCCAAGGUUCCAGUCAGUGGCGAAGGGCAGUCCUCCACACUGCCCGCCCACCUGGCCCCAGGGGGCCCCUGCUGGUGGUACCCGCAGCAGGUGGCAGGGCUGGUCACCAUGGUGGGGGGGUGCCGUCUGAAUGCCUGAACCAACGCGCUGCUGGCUCCGUGUGGGGGCUCAGGCCACUGUGCCCUUGGGCAGGAGGCCCUGGGGAGCAGUGGGGCCUGGGGUUUGGCGGCUUGAGCAGGAGCAGGGG